UGGAGAGGCUGGCGGAGGCUGCCACUGUGCUCUGCGACCUAGCCGGCCACCCGGGCUCCCAGCAGAGCCCCUGCGGCCUCACCCCCGAGCCCAUCACCGCCACCAGCACCAGCAGCUGCCUCGCCACCCAGCGGGAGCUGGACGUCAUGGACGCCCUCGCGGCGGCUGUCGUACGGGACUACUGCCUUGCCGUACCGGCACCGGCGCCGGCAAGCAGCGCUUGUGAGGGGGCUGUGCAGGCACUUCCGCCGCCGCCAGCGCCGUCCGUAGUGCCGAACCCUAGGAAUGCCUGGGCGGUUGCACAGCUGUUGUGGGCAUGUGCGAAAGCGCAGUACUGGGAUGGGCCGCCGGAGCCGCCGCGGACGGCUGAGGUGUCGUCCGCGCGACCCAUGGGUCAGCAGGAUGGCUGGACUGCCGCUGCUGGCGUCGCGCCUGCUGCUGCGGUUACGGCUGCUGCUGCCAGCCCUGUUGCGCUGCCCUGGUCUUCCCUCCUGGCACCUCAGCACCGGAGCUGCCCAGCAGCAGCAGACGGGCAGGCACCCGACCCGGCUGCUGAUCCUUCCACUGCCGCUGCUGCCGCACACUUGUCCGGCUUGACCCUGGGCGGCGACUCCAGCCCUCCUCCCCCCCUUUGCAACGGCGCCGACGCUAACGGCCGACACCACCAGGGGCCCCACUGCUCUAGCAAGGAGGAAGACACCACCAACAGCACCUCCAGCACCUCCGGGGAGCCCACUGCCUCCGCCGCCGCCGCCGCCUCUUCCGUCGCCACCAGCGUCUCCGCUCGCGGUCCCUGGCGCCCGCUGGCCGUAUGCCUGCUGCAGCUCCUGGCCAGCGACGGCUGCCGGCUGGUGGCCCAGCUGGACGACAAGUCGGUAGCGGUGGUGUGGUGGUCCCUCGCCAAGGCAGCAACCACUGCUCGCAUCAAACACCAUCACUCCGCCGCCGCUACAGCCGCCACCGCCCCCGGAUGCCCCAAAACCGCCGCCACUGCAGCAGCAGCAGCCGCAGCAGCAGCAGCACCCUCUGUUGCCGCGGCGGCGGUUGUGUCCGCCGCCUCACCUGCCCUGCUGACCACGCUGGAGGGCCGGGCGGCUGAGGGUCUGCGUCAGGCGGACGUUCCGCAGCUCUGCGCGCUGUUCUACUCGUGCGCCUGCAUGGGCGGCAUCCGGGUGCCUCCGCGGCUGGUGCGGGC